UUUAGUUAUAAAAUUUUAAAUAAUCGAUACUAAAAUUUCUAACUUAACUGCGCAUGCGUUCGAUCUGUCAAAAUGUGCAAUUUUUGUUGUGUUCAAUUGGCAUAAAAACCUACUAUUCCCCAGUGCAAUGCACCAUUAAACCGCUUCAAACUGUAAUCAGUGUUUUUCUAAUAUAAGGCAACAAAAAUUCACCUGAUAACUAAUAAUGGAAAGUGAAACGUUGGAACGCGUAAUGGAAAUUAAUUUUAAAAGGUGCAAACCGUUUGUGGAAGAUUUAAAAAAGGACCAUCUCAUGACAUCAAGUACAAUGUCGGCAAAUUCAAGUAUUACAUCGCCUGGGGAUUCCGGGGUACAACUUUUUGAUAGCGAAAGUGAACUUACUUCCGUUAUGUCUGCCAGUGCCCCAUCUAUCGAUAGUGAUGAUAACUCAGAAAAAACCGAUAAAGGUAAACCAGAGAAGGAGGAAGGUAAUAAAAUUGAGGACACAAAAUCUUAUUUUGCCAUGACGAAAAGUGAUGUUGUAAAUCAGAAUAUUAAUAAAAGUAGUAGUAAAAGUAAUAGUAAUUUAUCAUCUUCUGUACCAAAUAGUUUGAUUGAAGAGAUUGAUAGGCAUUUAUUAAGGAACUCAAUAGCGUUAGAUGAGAAAUUAUGGUUAAAUGAGAUGUGUAGUAAUUCUUACAAAGAAUAUUAUCUGAAUCGCAAAAAGAAUGAGGAAGAUGAGCUUCAAAUGGAAGAUGUUGUGAAGUGUCGUGGCGUUUCUGAUAAAACAGAGGAUCUUAUGAAUAUUUCCCUAAACAGUUAUGAACUCUUAGAUUACACCAUUCAAAAUAAAAUUGCAGCAGAUCCUGAUAAAGUUGAUGAUAUGCAUGUGUCUUUAUCAGAAGAAGUAAACGAAAAUUUAAAAAUUUCUUUAAAUAAUAAUCCAAACAAUGAGAUAAAACCAGACGUUUCCGAUUUACCGCCUUUACAAGAAAUCACCGUUAAUUCUGAACAAGAACAAAUUGUAUUUCGUCGCCAACGCAAAAAGAAAUUGAAAUCGGAUACGCCAAAAAAACGCGUUUCCUUUCACGAGGAUAUAUUAAACAGCACGAAAAUCGAUGAUAUUCAUAUUAAUCAUGGUUUUAUAACGAUUGAACCUGAUAUUUCAAUGAAUUUCUUUCAAAGAGGGUUUCGUCGAAAACCAGACGUUGUUAAAGGUCGUUAUAGUUGGGCUGCUGAAGGCGAUGCCCCUUAUUACGAAUCAACAAAUGAUCGCGAAAUUAAAUCCGACAUUUAUACUCAUACUUCGCGGUUUUCUUCGACGUCUUCAAGCUCGAACGAAAGCUCGAUCGAUGAAGAAGAUUCAUCAGGGAGUGAAUCUCAAAAUGUUAUUAAAAAAGAACCAUCUCAUAAAUUACCAAAAGCGAGUUGUUUAAAAAAGACGAAUAAAAAAUAUAUUGAUACGAACAUCGUUGAGGAAAACAAUGGGUUAAAAAAGAAAAAAUCUGAAACUAAUUUAUUGGAUGGAAACAUAUUUGGGAGCUUAAAAAACAUUUUAAAUUUUUCAUCAUCAGUUCCUUUAGCGGAGCGUGGUGUCCCUGAAGGGCAAGAAGAUGUAACUGUUUAUUCUUCUUCAGUUAAUGGAGCAAUUAAAAGUAGGCGUAACAGCAAUAAUUACGAAACCACCGAAGCUCCAGCCCCAAUCAAAAAAAUCGGCAACCUUAACUUAGAAUUAGCUAAAACCAACUUAAAAUUAACAAAAAGUGAAGGUUUUUACCCAAAUUACCCACAAGAGGGUUUACCCUCAAACGUAAUUCUUUGCGAUAGCAACGUUUAUGAACACAAAGGGAUCAGUUAUUCGUACGAAUACGACAACUUUCAAAAAUCUUUCGAGCAACAAAAACCGAAAUCGUCCACUAUUUAUCAAAUGAUUCUUAAAGAAUUUAACAUAUUUAAACGCAAAGCCAAAGAAAAUUUAAUCGAAGAUUUCGAACAUAUUGAUCCCCCAACUCCCGUCGCGGAAAAAAUUACAACAACCGACGAAAUUGAAAAAGAAAAAAUCAAAAUUACCCCAAAUAAAUACGCGUCGUCGACAAAACUUGAUUGGUCCGAUAACGAAACCGUUUCGGAUUUUUCCGAAAAUUCAACGAAACAUUUAAACUCGCCGAAAAGGAAAAUUUCGAAACCUAAUCAUUAUGCGAUACAAAAUUUUAAAUUCGAUUUAAGUAACGAGAGAGGCGAUGAUCUUCAAAGUAAAAGUUUGCCGAAUUUAAGACCGUCUUCGUCGAAAAGUUCGCUUAUUAAUCGGUUCUUAAGGAACGUGACAAUUAAGAAAAUGAUGGAUUUGAAGGUGCAGAAUAAAAUUAAAUCGUCCAGGCGUUGUUUGGCCCUUUACAUUAAAGGGGUACGCGUUACAAGUGAUGUUAAUGAAAGUAUUGAUCAAGAAAUUGAAGAUGAAAUUGUUAAAGGAAGAAUUAAAAAUAAUUGUAAUUUAUCUGAUGGUUUGGUUCUUUCAAAAGUUGGGAGAGAAAUUUUAAGGGAUCAAUCAGAAAUGUUACUUAAGGUUUUUCCUGUUGCAAGUGCAUAUACAACAUUUGGAGAAUCAAAACCGGUUCUUUUAAUUCUUACAAACACCACACUUUACAUAAGCAGCUCAAAACCCACAAAUUCCUUACUUUGCAAUCACUUUGUUCUACCAUACACUGAAUUAAAUACGAUUUUAAUUGGUCCUAACGCGCAAACAAUUCAUCUUUCAAAUUACGAUAAUGAUAUGCAAUGUAUUAUAACGACUGGAUGUGGGAAUUUGACUGGUGAAAUUAUCGGGCAAAUGGAAAUGGCGAUGCGUCGUGAUAAAAAUAAACCGAAUCUGGCUGCUGUUAAACAAUUAACCAUGCGGGAUAUGGUUAAUUUACGCCAGUCGAUUUGUAAGCAAACUUCGGUUGAUAAGGAUGAAGAAUAUUUUUAUUAUAGUAUCAUAAAAUUACAAGAAUAUAAUAUGGAAACGAAUGAUACACCAAUGGGGCCGAAUAAAGAGGGACCGUUAAUGUUUAAGAUUUCGGAGAAUGAAUCUCGGUGGGAAACAGCGUAUUUUAUUUUAAAAGCGGGUGUUCUGUAUAUGUUAUCAUCUCCUUCGCAUAGAGUUCCAAUGAGGGUGUUACCAUUAAUUAACGGUGCUUGUCAAGGUGCUAGAAGGAUUCAUAAUUAUCCCAGACCACAUACUUUCCAAUUAAAUAUCGGGGGGACUACUUUACAUUUAGCCGCACCAGACGAAUAUGUUGCAAGUGAUUGGUUACAAGCUUUAGUACAUGCUGCAAGCGGGACUUAUACUGCAAAAGAACGUCAUUUAGCCCAAUCAUGUUCCUUAUUACUCACCAGCGAACAUAUUUUGGCAGUAAGAGAAGCAUUUCCAUGUAACAUAAGUUCGGCAAUUUCAAAAGGAAUGCACGAACCGAUUAAAGGUGCUCAAGCGCUUUCUUGUGCGGCUAUUUCUGAUAUAACAGCAUUUAGAUUGCCUUCGGCUGAACAGAGUUGGUGCAUUCUAGAAUUUUCAUGUAGAGAAGUACAUGAAUGUGGUGGGGAUUGGAUAUUAUAUUUUUCUAGUAAUUCUGAGUUGGAAAAUUUUAUUUCAACGCUAGAAAUGUUGUGGGCGUAUCAUAAUGAAUCUGGGGAUAGUUUUCCAUUAAGUACGAUUCCCGAAACAGAUUCGAUAAGUAGAAGGUGUGUGGAUACAUAUAAUGCUAUAAAAGUAGCUUAUCUCCAAGUGUUUUAAACGCAAAGCUUUUUUUUUAUCUUAAUUUUUCUUUUUAAUUAAUUAUUUAAGAUCUUUUUUAUGAGAUUUAUUUGAGAUAUAAUGAUGGUACAUAUUUGAAAAGAAGUCUAGUCCAAGUAUUUAUAUAAUUAUUAUGUAUUUGUAAACAUAUUUCUAAACGUAUUUGUAUACAUAUUUAACUGUAUUUAUGAGAGUGACAGAGAUAACUCAAAAACCAUUGUGAUAGAGGAUAUAAACUAUUUAGAUUUCCAUAUGUUGUGUAAAAUUUAAAGAAAAAUAUGAUUUAAUGAUGAAAUACGCUUUUUUUAAUCGGGUUUUUAUGAUUAUUUUGAAGUGAUUAAUUUUAAUUAAUUUUAAAGCUCAAAUUUGUUAUUGUAAAUUAUUUUGUUUAAAUGUACCAGAUAGAAAUUCCUGCAUUAACUUUAGAUGAAACAAACAAUAACUGUAAAAUUAGUAUGUUACCAUUUAACAAUAACUAAUGAUAUUUAAUAACUAUAAUAAUGAUCAUGACAAAAAUUUAACUUGAAUACCGGUAGUAAUUAAUUAAUAAGAAGCAUGUGUAUUUAUUUAAUCUAACUAAAAGUUAAAAAAAUGUAAUGAUAUAACGAUUAUAAACUUAAACAUUAACGAUUAAAAUGAAGGGGAAUGUAUUUAUAAGAUGUAGUCCAAUUUUAAAGGAAUUGUAGCUAAAUUAAUUUUAAUUUUCGCGUGUUAGCUAAUUUUUUGGUGUGUUUACCGUUUAAUUUAUUUAUUAAUUAUGAUACGUACCGAAUUUUAAAGCAAUUUUAUCCCGUUUAUUGUGCAAUUUAAUUUGUUUAAGCACAAUAUCAAUACAUAUUUGUGAUAUUUUGAAUCAAUGAUUAAUUAAUUUAACGCAAUUAAUCAAUUAAUUAAAUAGAAAGGGAUUUUGAGGAUAUUUUUAUUUA